AUGGUGUUAACCACAGAUCUUCUCAACCCAACUCCUGAACAUGAAAAACGCCAACACAAGCUUAAGAGAUUGGUUCAAAGCCCGAAUUCUUACUUCAUGGACGUAAAAUGUCCUGGUUGCUUCAGUAUCACAACCGUUUUUAGUCAUGCUCAGACUGUCGUAUUGUGUGGUUCUUGUGCAAACGUAUUAUGCCAACCAACCGGAGGUCGUGCUCGUCUAACUGAAGUACGUUGUUUUUCUUGCGGAAAAGUUAUAGGAAAUAAAUGGGAGUUAUAUCAAACGAUGCUAGAAAGUGAUUAUACAGAAGGUUCGGCAAUGGACGCGAUAGGACUUCAAAGAUAUUGUUGCCGUCGCAUGAUUUUAACUCACACUGAUCUGAUCUCUAAGCUUCUACAAUAUAAUCCUCAGGAAAGAAGCCGCGAACAGUUCAGGGCACAAUUCCGUCAACAACCGGGUCAACUAGUACCUACUAGACCUGGUAACGCUACUCCCGCAAGACCGUCAUAA